AUGAGUCACUCGCAGUCUGCGCCUAGCAAGACAUCGCAGCAAAUCAUAAAACUCUUAGUCUCAACUAUCGCACUGUCAAUUGUAUUCGGUACAAUUCUACCAACCAAGUUUCUUCGCCUUCUCCCCGUCAUCUCGUCGAUUGUCAGUCUACAGUUUGCGUACGAUGAAUACACAUUCCUCGCUUGUUGGACCAAACGUCAAUACCAAUUACAGGCCAAUGAACUUCUGCCGCUAUGGUUCACCAACUGGGCGCCAUCAGGAACCAAAGUUGUCUUUGGAAGCUUUACAUUAAGCUUGGCGAGUGGGCUGGCGAACGUCGUAACUAUCUGGAACGAUACGGGAGAUCAGAUCACCACCCUGUCUUACAUGGCUGGAACUUUGUUUGCAGCCGGUCAUCUGUUUGUUUUUGGACCGAGAGCAAUAAAGUUGUUGGCCAAAAUUCGGCGAAACGAUGAUGAUGCUCAGAGCACGGAAUCGUUAGAGCUGUGGUUGAAGAUGCAUCUGACAAGAUCACUCGUGGUGGACUCUCCAGCUGUUCUUUGCUUCAUCAUCGGUCUACUAAACGCCACAGAACGUGUUAUAUAA